AUGAGUGCCCCUGGUCUAAGGUUCUUCCUGCACGGCCGCGAAUUGCGGAUCUGGAGUAAGAAAAAAGAAUACGAUCUUACAUCCCUGCUGGAUCAUGAGGAGGACCGAGACCCGCUCUCGUCGUGGCUUGAGUUGUGGUUUACAAAGGUCGUCAACAAGCUCUACAGCGACAGGCACUACAAUCCGGAGCCCCUGGACGAGGAGUGGGCACCUGCUGUGCCGGCCAAGAUGGCUCAGUACCCGCGGCGAAACAUCGCGAAGGCCGUCACUCUCGUCACCGCCGUCCUCGCGCCCAUCCUUCCCACAGCCUCGGCGUCGGCCUUGUUCGUGGUUAACAACGAGCGUGCUCGCCUGGCGAUCAUUGUGCUGUUGAGCUUCCUCUUCAGCUUCGCCCUGGCGUGCGUCGGCGUGCCGCGCAAAAUCGAUUCCUUCGUCGCCACGGCCACCUUCACCGCAGUCUUGAUUGUAUUUAUCAGCAAUAAUACGGGCUGCGCGUGUUGA